GGAGGCGCCUCCCCCUCCCCUUGCCGUACAGCAUGGCGGCGCUGUGGUGGAGGCGCCUGCCAGGACUGCGCGGCGCGGUGCGAGGCCUCUCAGGAAAGAAAGAGUAUGAUCUUCUGGUAGUUGGUGGAGGGUCUGGAGGCCUUGCUUGUGCAAAAGAAGCUGCUCAGUUUGGAAGGAAAGUGGCUGUUUUGGAUUAUGUGGAACCUUCUCCACAAGGAACCAAAUGGGGACUUGGUGGAACUUGUGUGAAUGUUGGCUGCAUUCCUAAAAAGCUUAUGCAUCAAGCAGCCCUUUUAGGGAGUGCUGUUAGAGAUGCCCAACACUAUGGCUGGAAUAUAGCCCAACCUGUUCAUCAUACCUGGUCUGUGAUGGCACAAGCUGUUCAGAAUUACGUGAAAUCCUUGAACUGGGGACACAGAGUGCAACUGCAAGACAAGAAGGUGAAAUAUUUCAACAUGAAAGGAAGUUUUUCUGAUCCGUAUACAGUCUGUGGUUUAACAAAAGGAGGUAAAGAGACUAUUGUUACUGCAGAAAAUAUUGUCAUUGCUACUGGAGGAAGACCAAAAUACCCUACACAUAUUGCAGGUGCACUGGAGUAUGGAAUCACAAGUGAUGAUCUAUUCUGGUUAAAAGAAUCUCCUGGGAAAACGUUGGUUGUUGGAGCCAGCUUCUCACUUGAGUGUGCUGGUUUUCUAACGGGCAUUGGAUUGGACGCUACAGUCAUGAUGAGAAGUAUCGCACUUCGUGGGUUUGAUCAGCAAAUGGCAUCUUUAGUAACUGAGCACAUGGAAUCUUACGGCACAAAGUUUUUAAAGAGAUGCCUCCCAACCAAAGUUGAAAAAUUGGAGAGCAACAGAUUGCAAGUCACCUGGAAAAAUACUGAGCUGGGCACAGAAGAAACCGAUUCCUUUGACACAGUGAUGUGGGCAGUAGGCCGAGCCCCUGACACUGAAACUCUCAAUUUGGAGACAGCUGGAGUGAAAACUAAUUCUGAAACUGGAAAGAUUGUUGUUGAUGCCAGUGAAGCUACUUCUGUUCCUCACAUUUAUGCAAUUGGAGACAUAACAGAGGGCCGCCCUGAAUUAACACCCACAGCAAUAGCUGCAGGAAGACUGCUGGCUCGGCGUCUUUUUGGCCAAUCUUCAGAACUGAUGGACUAUGAUAAUGUGCCUACUACAGUUUUCACUCCCCUGGAAUAUGGUUGUGUUGGACUGUCAGAAGAAGCAGCUGUGCAAUGCUAUGGAUCAGAUAAUAUUGAGGUGUACCAUGCAUAUUAUAAACCUUUAGAGUUCACAGUGGCUGAAAGAGAUGCAACUCAAUGCUAUAUGAAAAUGGUGUGCUUACGAGAGAGUGAGCAACGAAUACUUGGCCUUCAUUUCAUUGGACCAAAUGCAGGCGAAGUUAUUCAAGGAUUUGCUCUUGGAAUCAAAUGUGGUGCUACGUAUCCUCAACUAAUGAAGACAAUUGGCAUUCACCCUACCUGUGCUGAAGAAGUAACCAAGUUGCACAUUACAAAGCGUUCUGGCUUGGAUGCAACAGUCACAGGCUGCUGAGGUUAAACACCAUCCCUGGAAAGAAGGAAAAAAAGCACAAAAUAUAUUUGUAAAAAUAAGGGGCACUUAGAGUUGAAACAGUUUUAAUGUUUCAAGUUCCAGUUCUUUCUGUACACAACUUUUUCUCACAGCCAGAGAAAUCGUCCUUGCACCGUCCCAUUGCUAAAACCAAUGCAGUUCUGCUGUAACAAAUCUCUCUCUUUCAAAGCGCCUAUAACUCUUCUGUUGCUGGGAGCUAGGGAAUAAUCACAGUUUUAUAUAUGUAAAUAUAACGGAAGCCAGUGACAUCUGAUGCCAUCUACAAAUUAAACAGCUGUCAUUUGAGUUUCUCUGUUGGCAUGACUGAUAGCCAAUAUAAGUGUCUCCCGUAAUAUUCAUACAGAUGCUAGGAAUUGAACAGGGCUUCCCUUUAGAAUUUUGGUGACGAUACUUUCUCCUAAGUGCUUGGAUAGCUCAUUCCUGAUCCUAAUCUUGAAUACUGAGACUCUGUUCUCUACUAGUAGAAACAAGUUCCCAGAGUGCAUUGCAACAGGUAAGACUAUAUCUUUGGGUUUUUUCUUUACAAUGUACUAUGUGCAGGAAUUUAAUGGAAAAUCACUUAUCACCGAAGCUGUGCUGCUACUGGAUGAAUCCCAAUGAUUAAUCAGUAGCAGCCUGGUUAUAAAGUUGUGGUGAUGGCUGAGAAUGAAUGAGCUCAGAGGUGCUAAAGAAAGAGUUGAAUUUUAUGGUGACUUCUGCUCGCUCUUGAAAUUUCUAAUUCAGUUCAAAUUAAAUUGACACAUCUUGGAAGUUACCACUUGAACACCAUAUAUUAAGCAAUGCUGACAAGUACAGUCAAAGCUACUAAUAAUACAAGUCAUGCAGCAUUUUCGGUUUUAUAGUACGCAGAAAUCUGGCUGUGAUACAUUUUGUUGGUUUGUUUUUAAAAUUUUCUCACUGAUGAGCUGGAGACUGUGUCUGAAUGGAUCUAGAUCUGGCUCUAAUAAAACUGAAGGAAACUAUAUAAGCAGCGAUCUCGAAAAUAAGUGGUCCUGCUUAGAACAAAAAUAGAAAAUAAUUAUCUGAGAGCUUUCUUUAGUUUCAGUAUUGGCCAGAAUAAGAAAGCAUUAAUCUGUUGUGAAUUUCUGCAUAUUUUCUUGCUGUCCAGAAGGGGGAGAUGCUGGCCAAUUUGUGGCAAUAAAGGAACAGAAAUCAACUAUGAAGCUUUUGUAGACCUCUGUUAAAGAAGUAGCCUGACGAAAGCAAAGACAAAACUAACUGCACUGAAUUUCAAUCAAGUUGCAGCUGCGAACAUUUUGAUACCAUAGUCACUUAUUUUCUUGCACCCUUUACAGCAGAAUAGAGCAUGUAGAAGAAGAGAUCAGCUUGAGGUAAAAUGGAAUGUAUCCUUUCUGCAGAUAAUUGUGCCAGGUUUCUUGUGUGUGGAAUUUGAUAUUUUCUUAGCUGUCCUUCUGCUUGUUGCACAGUUUGGACGAAUAGCAUGAUGAUCACGUAUAUAUUUGCUAUUUUUUCUUUGAGUACUGUUUCACUGCUGCAGCAUGCAGCACAGACAAAUGGUUUGUUUCAGUGUGAAAUCUUUUUUUACAGUGAGAAUUGUGCCUGUCAGAGGCACUAUUACACAAAAAGUGAUCAGACCUUCUAAAUUUUGAUGCAGUAGCAUUGACUCUCAUUGACACUAGAAUACUCUAUUCUCAAAGAUUACUUCUGACUUAAACAACAAAAGAAAAUUUAAAUUCUUUCUUUACCAAGUUUCCUGGUAUUUCUGGUCUGUAAAAGAGGAAGGAAUAAUGCAGUCUGACUGCGAGUGUCAUUCCCUACCAGAUCUGCUGAUGAAUGAUCUACAAAGUCAUUCAUAAGCUUGUAGUUGAAAAGAAAUACUGAGUGGAAUUAUACUUGAAGCGCCACCUGAAUAUUGCAACUGCCUUUAAAAGAAAUGAUGAAAGGUCCGAGCUGUUUAGAAAUAACAAAAAAGAAAGUUGCUUCUCUUCUCUGUCCUACCAGUGCAUCGAGUACAUUGAGUUGUUUGCCCCAAGAGACAGAUGGAGCGAUGAGUUAAUUACAUUCAUCAUAAAGUUCAAAAUAGUGACAACAACUAGAGAAAUCUCAAGGAAAUAUGUCCUCAGUGUAUACGGGGUGUGAAAUGAAGGCAUGUCAUUGGUCUCAGAAGUAAUAGAAUUUGCUUGGUUUUAGAAUUGCUGAGCGGACUGCAUGAAGAUUGAUCCUGUAUCUUGAACAGCAGCUGAGUUCUACUCCUCAUUUGGUGGAAGAUUUUGUUGCCUCCUGAAGUAAAACUAAACAUAGAUUUGUGCCUACGUAACCCAAAUGUCAGAAUCAACAGCACGACAGAAUAACACCACCUAUUGUGAUUGUGCUUUUUCUCCUGAAGGAUUUGCCAGGGAUGGUCCUUAAGAAUUGUUUUUAAAAGCCUGAUUAAUUAAAAUGACUGAUGUACACUGGAAAUUACUAAUUAUAUAUGAAAAUGUAAAAUGUAAAAAAAAAAUGUAAAAUGUAAAAAUGUAAAAUGUAAAAAAAAAAAAAAAUUAGUCAGGCUUCUUCUCGGGAUGCCAGCUGAUGAGGGCUCGUUUGUCAAACCACACUGUGGUGCAAACAAGUCUGAGCAUUGCUGGGUCCCACAUAUGCAUAGUCCAAAUACUUAUUGUGCUGUGAAUUAAUUAAUUAAUAAAGAGGGGUUUUUUUGUAAUAAAUGUUUGAUUAUUUAAUAUUUUUAUAUGGCUUCUGCUUGUAAAAGAUUUCUUUUUUGGUCUUAAUGCUGUCUCUCCUGGUUGAGGCAUGUGUUAUGGAAAGGUAGUAGUCUGACUCGGACUUUUUAAUAAGGAAAUGUUGAUACCUAUCUGUCUCUGAUGUGUAAACUGAAUAGCCAUGGAGAUUAUUCCAGGCUAGAUGACCUUCUUGUUUUAAAUUUAAACUAAGAGAGCACCUAGACUUGGUAAGUAUGGUUUCAAAUACUUCCCUGUUUAUUUCAGCUAAUGAGGUCUAAACAAGUAUUUUCACGGUCCAUGUGUGUUGACAUGCUUCUUGAAGACUCAUCAAGAGAAAACUCACUUGAAAUACAGUGCAGUCAGUACAGGGAUAAACUAUUCUACAUUUCCUAUUCACUUUGGGUUUAAACUAGAACAAAUGGUGGGGAAAAAAAAUGCAUUGCAGCCAAGCCAGUUAGUAGCUAUGGGUACUACUAGGUAAAAAUGUUGGAAAAUUAGUUAGGGAACAUAUUUUAAAAUGUAUUUUUAAGCUCUAAGAAACUUCUCUGUCAGGAAAAAAAAGGAACUGCAUUGUUCAAAUGUAUUUUAGUUUUCUUUUAUUUCUUUAAAUCCACUUACUUUGAUGAGAAGUUCCUAUUGAGUCAGAUGCUACUGAAAUGGUAGUUUAAUAUUACCUCAGUAUUUGCCUUGGAUUUGAUGCUAAGAAGGAAUAUUGACUUUAUUGUAUUUAAAGGCACUUUUACUUGUGUGUUUUGAAUCUGUUUUAAUUUUCUGGAAUAUUUAAUUGCAGGGUCUAACUAAUUAGGAUAGCUAGGAACUGUGGCUGAAAAGGGGAAUAAGGUAAGCAUAAUUCUUGAUGUCUUUUUCUCCUUGUUUUCAUAUGCCACUUAAUGCUGAAGCAAAGAAGAAUAACAGACAAGCAUAUAGACAAUAAUCUUUAUAAAUCAGGAAUUUAGGUAUAAUACAAAUAAUGUGGUAUAUUAAUGAUAGCUUGUUCUCAAUACUAACAUAUUGUGUAGAAUUAAAUUUUGCCUUUUCCCAUUAAUGCAUGCACUGUAUAUUGCUCUACCUACUGGAAAAUGUUUCUACAGAUUAUUCCAGACCAGGAGUUGGAAAAGAUAUUUCACUGCAACAACAGAUACUUCUUUUAUUUUAUUGUGCUAGCACAGUUACUCUAAUAAAAGCAUAGAUGCCACAGUGCAGUGUAUUUCUAACCAAAACAGUUGCACGUUGCACGAACUUUUGAAUUUGAAGGCUUUUCUUCAGGGCCUCAUGCCUAUCCACAAUUUUGUGCCCAUAUAAACUGCCAUUUAUCUAAAUCCCAGUGAAAUCAAUGUACUUGAAGUUAAUGUUAGCCAUUGAUUUCAGUGGGAUGCAGGCAUCUAAAGUGCUUUGUUAAAAGGGAAUCAGUAUAAGCAUAUGCCAAAAUGUCUUUCAUUUAUUACAGUUGGGAACAGACUGCAGUUGUGAUUCAAAACAUAAAAGAUACAAUAGACAUCCAUGAUUAGGCAAUGAAAUAUGCCUUUAAUAAGCCCAGUGCAGACAGUUCAUUUU